UGGAACAAACUCCCUCACGACGCCAGGACAGCGGAGUCAAUCACCACCUUCUGGAGACACCUGAAACCCCACCUCUUUAAGGAAUACCUAGGAUAGGAUAAAGUAAUCCUUCUCACCCCCCCCCCUUAAAAGAUUUAGAUGCACUAUUGUAAAGUGGCUGUUCCACUGGAUGUCAUAAGGUGAAUGCACCAAUUUGUAAGUCGCUCUGGAUAAGAGCGUCUGCUAAAUGACUUAAAUGUAAAUGUAAAUGUAAGAUGAGUUUUUUUGAGCGUGUCCUUGUUUAUGUCAUCAGGCAGUAUCUGUACAGACAGGCAAUUAGACCUCAUUAUUCUGCUUUAGUUAGUCGUUACUUUGGUCCCGAGGUCGACUUCUUCUCAUUGUUUCAAGCUGCUGAUUUAUGGCUCAUGAGAGUUGACUUUGUGUUUGAGUUCCCUCGUCCCACCAUGCCUAACAUUAUCUAUAUUGAAGGGUUCAAAUGUAAACCUGCCAAGCCUCUUCUCCCAAAAUUGGUGGAGUUUGUUCAGGGUUCUGGGGUGCAUGGACUCAUUAUCAUGUCUUUGGGAACUUUUAUUGGGCAGCUUCCACUUGAUAUAGCUGAUGAGAUAGCUGUUGCUUUUGCCCAACUGCCUCAGAAGGUAAUCUGGAGGUAUAAAGGAGACAGGCCAGCUACUCUGGGUAACAACACCUUAUUAGUUGACUGGAUGCCUCAGAAUUAUCUUGUAGGACACCCUAUGACAAGGCUGUUUGUAGCUCACAGAGGAACAAAUGGGAUUUUCGAGGCUAUCUACCGCAGUGUUCCAAUAGUAGGCCUUCCUCUGGUGUUCGACCAAACUGACAAUCUUUCUAGAAUGAAAGUGAAGGGUGUAGCAAAGGUUGUGUAUUUAGCAACACUAGAUAGAAACAUAUUAUCCCAGGCCUUACAGGAAGUUCUGGAUGAGCCAUCCUACAGGACGAACAUGCAGAGACUCUCCAGGCUACACAGGGACGUGCCAAUGGAGCCCCUGGACACUGCCCUCUUCUGGAUUGAGUUUGUCAUGAGACACAAAGGUGCUGCUCACCUGCGUACAGAGUCCUACAGAAUGCACUGGUACUCGUACCACUCUGUAGAUGUAAUGGUCUUUUUACUGACUGUUGUGUUAUUUACUCUGCUGGCUUUCAUUGGCAUUUUCAGAUGUUUCUGAUGCAGGUCAUGUUUGAAAAUUAAAAUGAAAGAGGAAUGAUUAUGGCUUUCAUCUGUACACAGUGUGGUACAACAAUAUGUUUUUACUUGUCUCACUCAUUAUACUUUUUGUUCACAUGACAAAUAUAUGUGGCAUUGAUGUAGACAUACAGUAUUGUUGACAGAUGUUUUAUCUAUUUGCUUUUGAAGAUUUUGCUAAACUUACAACUGUACCUUAACUGUUCAGCCCAUUUAAUCAAAGGUUUUAAUAGGAAAGUCCAAAUGUGCACUUUAAAAAUGAAUGCUGUUAUAGUUGUGUGUGGCUGCUUUCUUUGUGUGUAACAGUUAAACUGAUGUAAAUGUUGAUUCUCCAGAAGACCGUUAAGGAGCUCUGUUUUUUAAUAAAGAUAUCAUGCAGCUUA